GUCUGCUGUCGUUGACUUCGUGGGAAUGUGGUUGAAAAAAGUGCACGAAAAUAUCAACAUGUUCAAUUGAUGAUUCUUUGUAUCAGAGAGCGCCAAUGAUUUGAGCAAUCAACCAAGCCUUUUUUUUUUCUUGAUAGACAUUGACAAUGGAUGAUUAUCAAACGUGCCCAAAAUGCAAGACAACCAAAUACCGGAAUCCCGCCAUGGUCCUGAUGGUGAAUGCCUGUGGCCAUGCACUCUGCGAGUCUUGCGUGGAACUUCUCUUCGCCAAAGGCUCUGGAGCUUGCCCGGAAUGCAAGUGUCCACUCAGAAGGAACAAUUUUAGAGUUCAGCUCUUUGAGGAUCCCGCUGUUGAUAAAGAGGUUGAUAUCCGAAAGAGGAUUCUUAAAGAGUUCAACAAACGACAGGAAGAUUUCCCCACAUUACGAGAGUACAAUGAUUAUCUCGAAGAGGUAGAGACAAUCAUCUUCAAUUUGGUUUUUGAUAUAGACCCAACGAAUACCAAUAAGAUGAUUGACAACUACAAGAAAGAAAACAAGGACAUAACUCAAAAGAAUCGAAACAGGCAAAGCCAAGAAGAGAUGGAGUUGGAAGAGCUUUUGGAAGCCGAAAAGGCCCAACAAUCUGAAAAGGCAAAUUUAUACGUCAAUGCCGAACUUGAAGAAAAGAAACAAAAGCACAAGGCUCGAGAAAAACUCAUCGACGAGCUGAUGUUCUCUGAUGCAGAUGCAAAGUCCAUCGUAGCCUCCCACGUUCAAGCUACGGCUGCCUUAGCCAAAGAGCAACCCAAAGCAGCUGCCCAGCCUAGUUCUGGGGUUGUCAAGUCGAGCAAAUUCUCAUCCGGAAUACAGAUUGGCCUUCGUGGGCAACACACGAAUUCGUUCCUUCCCAUUCCUAAACAAGAAGAUUUGCCACUCUAUCGUUACACGGCUCCCGUUUUCGACUACGACGGACCCCCACCUCCGCCUAUCGAGAAGCUUGGCAAAUUGAAUUAUUUCGCCAAUAUCCGAGCUGCCAACAUCGCUGAAAGAGCCGGUGGCUACACAGAAGCAAUGUCUUGCUGUCGGGCCCUGCAAGAGGCAUUGGGGGGAUUGUUUUAUAGCCCGCAAUUGACGCACAAGACAGCCGUACUAGCUACCAAUUCUUCGACUCAAGAUACCGACGACAUGGAGACAACAUAAAGAAGAAGAAUUUGCCCCUUUCACCACUUCCAACAUGUCUCUCGGCCUCCCCUUCAAGGACAUACAUACCCUGUCUUUUUGUAAUUUAUCCAUCAUAGGCCAGAAUUGAAAAUACAACUGAUAUGAAGAGA